GGGCUUGAGCGUCGCGGCUUCAAUUCGGCCGAGCCCUCUACGCCACCCCACGGGACUCUCUCUCUCUCUCUCUCUCUCUCUCUCUCUCUCACAUACACGCACACACGCACACACCACUCUGCUCCUUACUUCGUAGUUGGCGAUCGCAGAGGGUGCGUUGGACGGAUAAGAGUGAAGAACAUCGGAAGAGUUUCCGCCUUCCAUCUCGUCUGGUCUCAUCUUGCAUCGGCAUCAUCGUUUCGUCACAUCUAGCAGCGGCGUCAUAAAUUGGAAUCAGCGGCAAGGCAAUCCGUCGUUGGGCGAUGUCUUGCACACAGUCGGUCCAAGUAACUGUAGUGUUGGAGGAAUGACCACCACCUACCUGCAGUGAUGCUGGUCACUUUGUCAGGAGCUUCGCCUUCAAACAAUUCCAACUCGUUCACUCGUGUAAGGUGCAUUCGUCAGCAUUCGAGGUCCGAGAAGCGGCUAUUGGCAGCGAGUCAACGUCAUUGUCACAGGGGAGCGAAUGAGAACUCACCUGUACUGAUGCUGGUGGCUUUGUCAGGAAAGGGGAGGGAACUUUCGCCUCCGAUCUCACCCCAUCAACUGUUGUAUGUAUGAUGGGAUCGCAAGCAAGGGGGUACGGUGGGUUCACUUUGGUUCUGUGAUCCUGUGCAGUGAAAUGUGGAGGGAGAGUACUCGUAGCGGAGGCUGCUCGACAAAGCCUGCAGCCUAUGGUCGAUUUGCGUCGACAGUUUGCACGCAAAGUAGGGGAAUGUCUGGCUAGCAGAGGCGGCGGAUCAAAGGUUGAGCCAAUGAUUGAUUUGUUUAGACAGUUUCUUGUGGAGUGAAUUGUGGAGGAUAACCGUAGGAUUCGAACUCAUGACCUGCUCGUCAAAAAGGUAUGUUUUGGCAGUUCGUACGCGAAGUAGGGCAAUCUGCAGCGAAGGCUGCGGGUCAAAUGUUGAACCUAUGAUUGAUUUGUUUAGACGGUUUCUUUUGUAGUGAAGUGUGGAGGGUAACCGUAGGAUUCAAAAUCAUGACCUGCUCGUCAAAUGUUGAGCCGCCGAUUGAUUUGUUUUGACAUUUCGUACGCAAAGUCGGGAAAUGGGUACCAGAGGCUGCGGGUCAAAGGUUGAGCCCAUGAUUGAUUUGUUUCGACAGUUUCUACGCAAAGUAGGGGAAUGGGAUGCACUUCAUGCGAGGGGUGGGGAGAUCCUUCGUGGCAUAAGCAUGCGGCAAUCUUCGCUUCGACGCCCACCGCUGGAUACCACAUCGGGGAUUGUUAAAACCCUCCUGAGAGGCACGCUUGGUUCUUCAGCUGCCUCUGCUCGAUACAUCGACGCGGGAUUUCGUCAUCCCUAUGUCGACACGGUUCAGGUGAUGGAGCUGGAGGCAUUGCAGAAGAGUUUUCAGGGGAACUUUCGUGCCAUUGAGCGGGCAGUUUCGUCCAUCAAGAAUCUUACUGCGAGGUUCGCACAGCUCAUAUCGAUGGAAUCGGGAGAAUCGGGAGAAUCAGGAGGAUUGGAUGGGCAUGCGGAGUGGGAAAUCCAUGACACAGAAGCUUUGGCUGUUGGGGGAGGAGGGGAUGGUAGACUUUCUGGGAGGAGGCACAUAGGUUUUGACGAGGAUGGGAAUGAGCGCACGAAGGCGGGACAAGCGGUGCAAGUGCCGACCGGAGGAACCUGCGUUGCAGGCCUCGAUGGCGGAAGUAAGGAGUAUGAUGAUGAUGAUGACGAUGACGAUGCGUCUCUUGCGCACGCGGAUGAAGCACAGCUUGUCUCAGACAUUGAUCAGUUCACCAUGAUGCUUGCCAUAGAGGCCAUGAUUGGUAGAGAUCUGGAGAUGAUUCAGAGGAUUGCGCGUGCAGUUGUUGCGUUUGCGAGCUCGGAGCACAUGGAAUCGUACUGUUCUCUCUGGUCUCUUAGACCUUUUGUGAAUGAAAAUGUCUUGAGGAAAGCAAGAACUCUUUGCAGGUCAUCGUAAAUGUUCAUGCCCACACCGUUUUGGCACCUAAGGCUU